AUGCCAGUCAAAUCAAACAAGAAUUCGCUCCAAUACCAACUCUCCUUGGUCUCAGCACCCGAAGACUUCCCACCCGAGCUCAGCACACUCAGUGGCUUGGAUUCUGCUCUCAGGUGUCCAGUCUGCAAAGAAUUCUAUCAAGCCCCGGUUAUAAUACAUAUCCAGAAAUGCUGUCACACGUUCUGUUCAGCCUGCAUCCGGACGUGCUUCAAUAAUAACUCGAAUAACCAUAAGAUUGGCGCAACUGGAUUGGGCGGGGUAGGUAACAGCCAGCGGUGUCCGAUUUGUAAAGUGGAAGCCCAAGAAGAGAAAAUCAAACCGGUCCCGACUCUGGAAUCUGCUGUGAUCAGUUGGCAGGAUGCUAGAGAGGAAAUUGUCAGGAUCAUCGAACGCAACCAAUCACUUGAAUCUCAAUUGAAUGAACUUCGAUCCCGUUGUUCUGCUGACUCAAACCCACCCGCGGAAGAGAAAAAUGGGAAACAGAAAAAAGCUCUUCACACGAUUCCUCAACAGCAACCUGAGAAACGCUCCGGCCGUCCUGAGCCGAAAACCAGGGCCCAAAAAGCCAAGCUCAAGCGCAAGUCUCCAGAAGAACCCGCACAGGAAGACGGAUCUGACGAUGGAAUUGAAAUUCUAGAUCACAAUCCCACUGAUCCCUCGGCACCAGUCCGGUGCCCAAUCUGUUCUACUCAGAUGCUCAAUGCCAAGAUGGAUUCACAUCUGACAGCAUGCCUAACGGAGAAGAGCAGAAAUCAAUCACAGUCAGCAAUACCAGCCAAGAAGCUCAAGACCUCCCAUCAACGCGGCACCAAACCGAUCCAACAAAGAAUUCCACUCCCACACUUUGCGAGUCUCAAAAACAAAGACAUCAAAACGGAACUAUCGAAACACGACUUGAGAUCGGACGGAACGACGAGCAUCCAGAUGAGACGAUUGAGUAGAUACAUCACCUUGUUCAAUGCUAAUCUGGAUUCCAAUCCUCUGUAUCAAAAGUCACUCGAAUCGUUGAGGAAGGAGUUAUACGAGUGGGAAACCUUGCAAGAUUCUGAGAACUUCAAUCUGGAUAAAAACCGACGAAAGAUCUUUAGCAAUCAGACCAGUUAUCUGAAAUCUAAUCAUUCUCAAUUUGCCUCGUUGAUCGAGCAAGCCUCUAAAUCUUUCCAAGUUGCCCAGAAAACUGUCGACCGUCAACCUGUAGAUUAUCCUGGACCAGCCGAACCGACUGUUGGAGAUGGCCACGAUCCUCAGACUGAUUCUAGAACAAAGAAAAAUGUACAGCCUCAUUCAGAUAUUGUCAGCUUAGAACCUACUCGUGAUGAUCAAAAACUUACCGAAACACUAGAAUCAUCAGAUAACCAUCAUCCUCAAAAGGAAGAACCUACCCAUAAGCCAGUCGACCAUCCUCCUCCAGAUCCUCCUCCACCACCACCUACCCAUCCCCUCAAAUCGGCUUCUCCAGACACUGAUCAUCAUCCUCAAAUCGACUCGCGGAAGAGUCAAAUCGUGGAUUCUAACUCCGAUAUUCCUCAUCUAGAACUUUCUUAG